AAUACGUGGGAGGUGUAGGUCAAGUACUUCAUCAGAAUAAUUAUUACGAAAGAGCCUGUGCCUGUCGCUGUCUCUGGUCCAGAUAUAUAAGCAGGGCCGGUGUUGACGAGGGCAGCACUCGACACCCAGCGCCUCAACAUGAAGUUUGUGAUCAUCGCCGCUCUCGCCGCCGUGGCUUUCGCCGACUAUGGCUCUGUGGGAUCAAGCGAAGAGGCAGAGAUCCUGCAGCACGACUUCGUUCUUGAGGAGGACGGCAGGUACAACCUGGACGUGAAGACCAGCAACGGCAUCUCUGUUUCCCAGCACGGCAGCCCCGACGGCCCCGAGGGCGCCGUUGUCAAGAGUGGAGUGUUCUCAUACACCGCCCCUGACGGCACCCCCGUUGAGCUCAAGUUUGUCGCCAACGAGCACGGCUACCAGCCAGAGUCUGACCUGCUGCCCGUGGCCCCCGAGUUCCCCCAUCCCAUCCCCCAGUUCGUGCUUGACCAGAUCGCUAAGGCCGCCGAGGAGGACCGCAACCGCUCUCCCGAGGACAGAUACACUUAUGCCUAAACACCUGGAUAUCACAGAUCGAGCAAGAGCUACGCCUGAACUGAUCACAGCAAACACACAAGACCAUGAAGAGUGAGUCACACCCAUGAGGCGCAAGACCCGCCAGUCGUGACGGUUCUCCUUGAUGUUCGGCGCGAGUCUUGUCACUCGGGACCGUGAUGCCCGAUGCUUGUUAAGAUGUGUUUUAUUUAUUUUUGUCUAGAAUAAAAUCUUAUUUUAAAA